AUGGGGUCUAGUUCGGAUUUUUAUUUCGGACUACUGCGAGUUUCUAUGAUUCAAUUGCUGAAAUCGCAUGGAUUUGAUAGAGCCAGGCCGACCACAGUGGAUGUCUUAACAGAUUUGUACAUUAAAUAUUUUGCAUUGCUCACUGAGGAGAUAGUACGAUCGGCGCAGUCAAGGAAGGAUUGGGAUGAAACGGUGGCUUUGCAGGAUAUUACGCUGGCGUUACAAAAUCUUGGGGUUGUGAAACCAAUGGAUGUGCUGGAUGUUUAUGAUGAAAACCCAAAUUUGCCGAGUGAUAGAGGUAUGCAGAAAUUUAAGAACUGGUGUGUGAAUGACCGUCAGCCUGCCGACGCCCGUACAGUCGCUCUACCGACAGGUGACCUACUGAGGAGCUCAUCGAAACCCGCAAAACCACUGUCAUUGAUUCCAGAGUAUAUAAAUCAAUUGCAACAUGAGUCACAGCGGGAUUCUAAGGGCAGUGAAGAUGACAAAUUGAUUGAAGAACUUAUUAAUAACGGAGAUGUGGAUGAUUGGAUACGUCUAGUAUUCGCUCGUCAAAGAAUUAACUACGCCAGGAGGAUAUCAGGUAAAGAACCGCAUAAUAUACAGGCAUUACCCUCGAUUUCGGGGCUGAAACAUUCCGUACUGGAGCGUCCCAAUGAUAUUAAUCUAUCAAAUAAUCAAGUACUUCCGAACUCGUGGGAACCCUCGGAUGAUGAAGAUAACGAAGCCUCGAGGAAAGCUACAGAAUUAUUACAGAGAUUGCCGGCAAUGAGACCUGAAUGGAAACUUGAUAAUGUUUCUCUUUCUUACGAUCAAGGUUUAAUAAACGAAGACGCUCAGGAUGAAAAUAAUAAUGAAGAAAAUAUGCAUAUAAGUGCAAUCGACGAUGUACCGACGACUUUGGCAUCUGAUGAAAACUUAGAAAGUCCUAGUAGUUCCAAUUUCAUUCUAGACAUUGACGCCGAUACUCAGUUCGCUGAAAUGGAAGACAUGGAUAACACUUUUCAGCGCAGAGAGUCGUUGGACUUUGGAGGUGCAUCACAAGACUUUGAUUUUAAUGGGUUUUGA